AAUUUCUACAACACACAAUAUUCAUAUAAUAAUUCGCCAGUUAAUAUAGCAUCAGAUGUUUCAUGAUAAAUGUUUUCUGUCUGAUCGUAUAGAGUAAAACAAUAAUUAAAGGUGUUGUCUAAACACAUCUCCCGUGGUCUUUCAGUGAAAUUGAUUGGAGUACAAUGAACAUGUAUUACCGAUGCAGUUAAAAAUAAGAAGCGUAAUAAAAUCGACAAAAUAUGAUCUGAAUUUAUUGAGAAAUUGCGUACUUGCCGACCCCCAGAGCAGACAACGUGGGUUUGCCUUCUGUAGACCUGUGCUAUAUAUAUUGAGAUUUCACAGAGCUUUCAGUUAAUUUCAAUUUCUCAACAGAACCAUCAGAAAGCAUAUCAAUAUAAAAGACUAAUAACCUGCACGUGCUUCUGGUAGGGGAAAGGGACUAUAGUAGUUCAGUGAAUACCUGAAACUUUAUCUUGAUAACACAAAAUCUUAUUUCUUAUAUUGUGAAAGAGUUUUGGUUCCAUUCCGUGAUGACUGGAUUAGAUGCGUUUGUUGGAAGCUGGCAGGAGCAAUCCAAGGAAGGUUUUGAUGAAAUGGCUAGUGCCUUAGGUUUACCAGCUGAUAAAGUCGAGCUUUAUAAGGCAGCAAGAACUGCAAUUUCAUACGGAAAAGAUGGCGAUGGUUGGGUAAUAAAUGUUGGCUUGGUUGGUGUUCCUGGUGGCCGAGAAUUCAAAUUCAGCGUAGGACAGCCUUAUGACUCAGCUGAUAUAGAUGGGUCUCCAAUGAAGAGUUUAGUUAAUGUUGAUAAUGGAAAGCUGGUGGAACAACACACAAAUCAGUCUCUAGGAGCAGAAAUGAAUAUAGAACGAUGGAUAGAAGAUGGACAAAUGUUUGUAAAGACAUCGUGCUCUGGAUUAUCAAUGUUAUCAAAAUAUGCUAAAGUUUGAUGAAAGACCAUUAGAUUUCCAAAUUAUUCGAAUUUGUGUAUGCAAACCAUGAAUUUUAUUCGAUUUCAUAUAAAAAGAAAGCAAAGUAAAUCAAUCACAAAGUAUGCUUGAUAUGAGAAAGCAGUAAAGAACAUUUUUCAUUAGUUAUCAAUAUGCAUAUCAUCUAUAUGUUCAUAAUACCAUUAAGUGCUGUAUAUGUUGUUGCAGUUUAUUAUGUUUAUACUGUGUGCCUUUGUCGUCAAACGACAUAUGAAACAUUUGUUAUAUUUGUUUUUGUAGUGAUAACGUUCUUAAAACGUCCAGACUUUGCCAGGAUAAAAAUGAUAUUCCGUCAGUAAAUUAAAUUACUAGAUAAACUAUUAAAUGUAAAAAAAACUAAUCUCAAUAUUUUGGCAAAUUAAAACAUAAUGUUGUAAACUAUCUUGUAAUUAAAAAAGGUAUACUAAUAAGGCCUAAAUGCUCUUUUACUUUGUACUUUAUGGGCCCUUUUAACUUUUAUAUUAUAGAGCGUCACUGAUUUUUCCUUUUUAGACAAAACGCGCGUCUUGCGUGCAAAUUGUUCAUUCUGUUAUCUAUGAUGAGUGUAUUUACUGAAACCUUCAUGAUGCUACAACAUUUAUGUUACAUAAGAACUAAACAGAAAAAUCGAAUCGACUGGAACAAAUUAUAUGAGCCUCUUUUUCUUGAUGUUUUUAAUCUAUGUAUUUGCUAAAAUCCCUGCAGCAAUGAGCUGAAAUCAUGAUAGUCCUAUGAUGUUCAAUGUAAUGAAAUUUCGCAUGAAGUCUUGCUACAUGAUUUCAUUGGUAGCUUUUUGCAUCUCUUUACACCACAGUGACAUAACUUACAAUAUACUUCAUUUAAAGAGAGUACCAGAUAUUACAUUUACCAGAAUAAUUCAAUCUAUGAUAAAUAGUAAAUUUUACCAAAAAUGCAUAGCAAUGAAUAAGUUAUAACUACAAAGACAAUCAUCCGUUUUGAAAGUGUGACAUGAUUUGAUAAAAGUGUAAUUCAAAAUUAAUAUCAAAACUGCAUGUAUUCAGAUCUAAUUUCCUUAAUAUUCACUGAUCCAUAUCCUCGAAUAAAUCAUUUACAAUGUUAAAAGCUUCGACAUAGACAGUGAAUACAUUUGAAAGUUAACUAUGAUGCACUUAAAUAUCAAGCUAUUCGUUAACCAAUCAAAAAAAAUCCGAUGAUUGUUUUUGUGUAAAAUAGUCUAAUCAAUCAGUAUUUCUGUAUUGAAAGAACAAAGCUGUCUCAACCAAUCAGACAUAUUAUAUUUAGAAUGGUUUAUCAGUCAAAUUGACGUGUGUGAUUGUUGCUUAUAUCACGUUAGUAUAAUUGGUGGAAUAGUUGUCGGCAUAUUUAUUUUAUUUUAUGUUGUUAACAAAUAAUAAAUACUAUUAUAUUUAUUAAAAGCUUAUCAAGUUAA